GUGAAGCUGCGACCGCCGCAAUGCAACGUGAUACCAGGGUAUGGAUGGCAUGUGAGCAUGCUAUAAACACCUGACCCGUGACCCUGUUCUGCUGUCAUAGCUCCUCUCUUCAGGAAAGAGAAAUCGCAGACUGUGGGGGGGCAGCCGACAGCAUGAGACUUCGCCUUCUUCUCGCCCGGGUCUGGCCUCUCUGGAGCAUCAAGGGCCUUGCCUAUUCCGAAGAUGCUCAGCAUGGCGAUGCUGAGCUGGAUUCGACUGAGAUGGGCCUGCUGCGGCCGAGGGACUCGGAUGUUAGGGCCGCCGCCAAAGCAACCAUCGACGCCAUGAACGACAAGUUCUACGACUCCUCGAAGGCCAGCUGGUCCCCAUCUGAGCCGUGGUGGCUCAGCGGCGUGGCCCUGAGCAGUGUCAUUGAGUACAUGCGCAAGACCGGCACCAACGACUACGUGGAUCAGGUCAAGCAUAUCAUCCAGACGCAGAGGGGGAAUCUAUCCUGGUGGCCGCAGGGCAACGGCGACUUCCGGGCCGACUCGACCGACGACACGGGGUGGUGGGCGCUCGCGAUGGUCGCCAUGUACGAUCUCACGCAGGACCAGACAUAUCUCAACAUCUCGAUCGAGGACGAGGCCUACAUAUACUCAUACUGGACCGACAAGCCUUGCGGCGGCGGCAUCUACGUCGACAUUAAGAAGAAAACAUACAAAAACGCAAUCGCCAAUGAGCUGUACAUCAAGCUCGCCGCGUCGUUGCACAACCGCAUCAACGGCGACACCGAGUACCUUGCCAAAGCCGAGAAAGCCUGGUCCUGGUUCAAAGGCUCAGGCAUGAUUAACGGCGACAACCUCAUCAACGAUGGCCUGAUCUCGUCGAGCAGCGGUGCCUGCUCCAACAACAAGCUUCCCAUCUGGACCUACAACCAAGGCGUCAUACUCGGCGGAUUAGUUGAACUCUUCAUCGCCACCCAAAACACAAGCUACCUCGACGCGGCCAGCACCAUCGCCGGCGCGGUCCUCUCCAGUCCGCUGCUGGUCCAGAACGGCACCCUGACCGAAUACUCCUGCGGCACCUCCUCCGCCUCCUCCUCUUCUUCCUCCUCCUCCGCCUCCUCUUCUUCCUCCUCUUCCUCUUCCUCCUCCUCCUCCUCCUCCUCCGCCGGCCCCAAAACCGACGAAUCCCUCUGCAACACCGACCAGCAGAUCUUCAAGGGCAUCUUCGCAGCCAACCUGGCCGCGCUCGACGCCUACGCCGUCGCGGGCGGCAACAGCCGGCCGUACGCCUCCUUCCUGGCGCAGAACGCGCAGACCGCGUACGCGCUCGACCGCCGGGCCGGCUUCGUCGUCGUCGCCGCCAACUCCACCUCCACCUCCUCCACUAACACCACCAACUCGACGGGCACGGGCACGGGCACGGGGACGGGCACGGGCACGGGGGCCGGGCAAAGACUGGCCGCCGAUCUGUACGACGUCGGCUGGGCCGGGCCGUUCCGCAACGCCACGCUGGCGAAGCAGGCGAGCGUGCUCGGGCUGUUGGUGGCGACUCUCUGACAAUGGCUGGAGGGGAGUGAGUUCCGUGGUGAGUUCCGUGGAAGGGGAAUCGCGUGUAUGGGUGGAUUGGGGGGACGAAGGGUUGGGUUGGGUUCGUUAUAGGGUGUAAGAUUCGUUUUCGGUUUCAGUUUAGAGGAGCGGUUUUGCACGGCCAUUGGCAUUUGAGCAUGGUAAUCACCGCGGGAAGUCGACAGGCAGGUACAUUUACAUAUAGGAUAUCAGCCUAUCCGGCCGUGAAGGUGUUGAGUAGGUGAGUAGACUGGAUGUGCGAGUUCCGCCACCGUUUGGCCAGGCACCUUGGUCAGACAGCAAGCA